GACUCCUUUGCUGUAAAUAGCAAAGAUGUCUGAUUCAGCGUCCAGUUUUCUGCAUAUAGGGGAUAUUGUCUCCCUGUAUGCAGAAGGAACGGUCAAUGGCUUUAUAAGCACACUGGGGCUGGUGGAUGAUCGUUGUGUCGUGGAGCCAGCAAGUGGAGAUCUAGACAACCCUCCCAAAAAAUUCAGAGACUGCCUCUUUAAGGUUUAUCCCAUGAACCGAUAUUCUGCCCAAAAACAGUUCUGGAAGGCUAAACAGGCAAAACAUGAGAAGGAUAAGAUUGGAGACAUGGUGCUUCUUCAGAAAUUGCAACAUGCAGCUAAUUUGGAACAAAAACAGAAUGAGGCCGAGAACAAAAAGGUCCAUGGGGAUGUGGUAAAAUACGGCAGUGUCAUUCAGGUGAGAAUCUGCAUUUAG